AUGAUCAGGAGAGGAUAUCUCUCUUCACCAAUUCUUGCCUCCUUGUGCGUAGCAGUCUUCUUCAUUCAUGCCUUGGCAGACGAUAUUCCUUCACCGGAUGGCACAUCAGCUACCUGUGUCUUAGACUUCAAGGAAUUCCCUUACCAGCCAACCGGUGAGUGCAUAGGCCAACAAGAGAGAAUCAAAGACUGGAACAGCUUUGGCACAACACUUUGCUGCCGUGAUGUCCUCAACGUCCUAACAAAACUCUUAGCCUGGCGUGCAUCAAACACAAGUGGCUAUAUUUUCCUCCCAGAAGAUCAAUGGGCGAACUGUAGCGGUGGCUUUACCAGACAAAACCUUGUAUCACCAUAUUCAUGUGGCUUUGAUAAGCUCUAUAAUGGGAGAAGUGCUUGCUCAAGUUUUUCUUUGUCAUCAAUAAAGGAACAGACGUAUUACAAAAAUGCAGUAGCCUCGUGUUCGGAUUUUAGCUCUUCGUACGAUGAUGGCUGCGGCAACUGCAUCGAGGCAAUAUUGGAAGCGAGGGAUUUUCAGCUGCGACAAUUAGAUGUCAAAGAUGAUGACAAGGAGGAAAAAAUAGUUUGUGGGGUGGCAGUUCUUAUAUCUGUUGUGGCUGCAAAUUUGAAUAAUCAAUCUCUGAUCGAUGAUUUCUAUAGUUGUUUGCCUGCUUUUGAUGAAUUCAAUGAAGGGUACAUGAAAAUCAAAUAUUCUGUGGUGAAAGUGGUAUUUGCGGUCUUUAUAGCAAUCAUCGUAUUGUUGCUGGUCAUUCUUUUGAUAAAAUAUGUGAGCAAGGGCAAGAGGAAGCGUCCUAAACCUGUUCCUCAAUCUGAAGAGAUCACCGCCUGGUCUGGCCUCUAUAGAUUCUCCAAGGCUGAGAUUGAGAAUGCCAUUAACCACAGCAAGGUGAGGAAGAGCUUAGGGAGAGGAAGUGCUGGGCAAGUUUAUAAAGGUGUUUUACCUAGUGGACAAGUAGUAGCCAUCAAGCACAUACAUAAUAGCAGCUCAUGCGAUUCUUUCCAGCGCGAAGUUGAAGGCCUUUCUAGGGUUAGGCAUCCAAAUCUUGUUUGUCUCUUCGGUUGCUGCAUUGAGGGAGGCGAACGGUAUCUUGUCUAUGAAUAUUGUGCAGCUGGGAACUUGUCUCAAAAUCUCCGAAGGAAAGAUACUGUAUUGACAUGGGAAAGAAGAGUUAAGAUCCUAAGAGACUGUGCUCUUGGACUGAGAUACCUUCACCAUUUUAUAGAUGGUUGCAUCGUCCACAGGGACAUUAAGCUUACGAACAUCCUUCUGACAGAGAAUUUGGAACCAAAACUCUCAGAUUUUGGGUUGGCAAAGAUGCUUGGCAUGGAAGAGAGCAAAGUUUUCACAGAUGUUAGAGGAACUAUGGGCUAUAUGGAUCCAGAAUAUAUGAGCAAUGCCAAACUAACAUGUGCCAGUGACAUCUAUAGCUUUGGUAUUGUUGCUCUUCAACUUUUAUCGGGGCAAAAAGUCAUUGAGUUGGAUCUUGAUGCUAGAGACCAGCUCAUCCGAAAGGCAAAGGAUGUAAAUGCAGGAAAACGUCCGUUAACAGAUUUUGAAGAUCCUGGCCUCAUCAGAAAGGUCAGCAGCGUUGAUUUUGAAGCCAUUUUGCAAAUUGCUGUACUAUGUGUGGCAAAAUCAAGCAAAGGUCGCCCAACGAUUGAUGAUGUCUUCGAAGAGAUAGAGAAGGCUUGGAAAAACACACAAGCUGAAAUGAAAGCAAACAGCGAAAUCGGCCCAUCAAUGUCCAAAUCCAUGGAAGUGAUACCUGUUGAGCAAAUGAGAAACAUGUAUGAAUGUUCCUUCAUUGGGACUGAUCGAGAGGAUACGAAGGUGACGAAGAAGGAAGAGUUCUUGUCCUUGAUACAACCACAGAGACUACGCAUUGUUGAUUGA